GGCGUUUGGGGGAAUCCUCGGCCAUGUUGUAUAGAUAUGUAUAUAAAGUGAUGUUCACAUAGAAGUCUAUGAAGUUACCUUUUUGUUCUAGUAAAUAAUUCACAAUGGCAAGAAAAAAAGGCUGUGAAGUGCAGGAUUAGAAGGACAAUGCGGACGGGGCAGACAUUCUCAGACACGUUGCCUAGCACUGCAGAAGACAACACUGACCCGGCUCUUACAUUGCAGGAGCUGAGUGAGGAAACCUGCUUGCAAUCUCACCUUCAGAGAUGAAGACCUGUUUGACGUUUGCGGCUAUAUAAUCCUUGUGAUGGAACGGCCUAGACUUUAUUGUGAACAGAAUGUAUUCUGUCGAGGACCACCACAGAAGAUUAGCAAAUUCAAGAUCUCAAUAUGUAGAGUACCAUCCCAGAAACCUCUCUCGUCAUCUUCUGUUACUGAACUUGAUCCAUCAAAUCAACAUUCUUUAAAAUGUCAGGAAAUGUACAUUCAGAAUGUAGCUGGUGACCUUCAUUUUUCUAAAGACGUGAUAAAGGAUCGGGGAUUGGCCACUCUGUCUUACCAAGAGUGGGAUUCGAAAGAUGUGUACAAUGCCUCCAAUGUAAUUCCGCACAAAGGAACGAGAUCGAUCUUAAAGACGCAACCAAAGCAACACAAGCUAGAACCAAAACAUCGCCAAGUACGUAAUGUAGAAACAUCUGUUCCCUCCAAAAAAAUAAAAUCAAAAAGUUGCAUUAGCUUUGGGAAUAGUGUAUGGAGGGCACCUGAGGAAGGUGAGCAAAGACAUGGUAGCUCUUCACCUCUCACUCUGGAGAACCUGAAGCCAAGAACAUUCUUAACAGAAGAUCCCACCAUGACUCAUAGAAUGAAAGUGUCCUAUAGAGAGAAUCUUCCACCUGUACCACACAGCAUGUCUGGUAAUGCUACAGAAGUUCUGCGUAGGAGGCUGACCAAAGCUUCUGCUCAGUGGAUUGUGGGACACCAUAUGGAAAGUAAGGAUGCCAAGGAAAGGUUGUCCAAACACUAUGGAUUAAGUAACUCUACUGAGCUUAGUAAUGAUGAGCACAUGGCUGAAGAAGAUUUCACCACCUUUAAAGAACCAGAAAUGUGUAGAGCAGAGGAUCUUAACGAUGUUACAGAAGGACAUGAGCCUGAGACGCUUCUUCCAGUCUUCUACAAGAUUCCAGGUUAUAUACCUCCUCAAAAAAAAGUGCAGAAAGCCGGUGGUAGAAACAAGACAGCUGAAUUUUUAGCUGUCAAGCAUUUUGAAUUGCCGCCACCUUUGAGACUUCAGGAUCUGAUGAAUCCCAAGGCUGGAAAAUAUGUCUAUGCCACAGAAAAUGAUUUUGAGAGAGAGCUUUACUCAGGGGCGAGUAAAAUUAUACACCAGAAGAGCACGAAACUAAAGAACUGCAUUGUCAUGGAAAGCAACAGUAGAUACGAAAAACAUGUACAGCAAUCAGUGCCCAGAUCUUACAAAGAGUGGAUCUCUUCUAACGGACAACCAGAUAUUGACCGACCAGUGAGACCUGUAAGAGGAUCCCAUCGCUGGGUGGCCCUUCCUACAGUGGUUGUGGAUAAGAUGGAGAGAAGCCCUCAGAGACAGACAUCAACCGAUGGGCUUAGUGAAAAAGAGGAAGUAAAGCCUGGUCCAUUAGAUAAGAAGCAGGCUCUGCAGAACAUUGUGGCUCAGUGGAGAAGCGCCUGGUGGUUGAGUGCACAAUGGAAAGAAGCCACCCUGGAGCAGCUCACAAGAGAUCUCGGCAAUGUACACAAUAGCCAAAAAAUUUCAGCUCUCAUAACCAUCGCUUCAUCUGCUGCUGAGGCACCACAACAGAUUGCAUUUCCAGAAGAAAUACUAAAUCUAGUCUUUAACGCGUUGCGAGAGGAGGACAAUCUUGUAAGGAUGGCGGCUGCCCUGUGUCAGUAUCUUAUCCGGGAAGUAAGUGAGGACGCAAGGAAGAUCAUGUUGAAGUCCCUGGAAAGUGAGACAGAUGCAGAUAGCUGGGCUGCUGCACAGUGUCUGGCUUUAGAAGGCAAUCAUAGUUAUCUUGUAAUGAAGCGGAUCCUCGAGCAGAUGUUUGCAGCAAGCAACAAAGAAACAGAGGAGCAGGCAAUGUAUAUGCUGCAAGAGCUUAGUAAACACACAAACCUGAUCCAUGCCCUGCUGGGGGAGGCACUGAACAGUGGUAAAUGGGGAGAAAAAAUGAUAUCCUGCAAAGCACUGUCUCUCCUACAUGGGAACAUAAGCCAAGGAGUGAAAGAAAAGCUAAGCCAUCUCAUGUGGAAUGAUUGGAGCCCUGCUGUUCGAAGGGCAGCUGCCAAGGCACUGGGCAAACUGAAUCAGGGGAAGGAAGUACAUGACCAGAUAAGAAAGCACUUGGAGAGCGAAAGCUGGAAGACAAAGGUGGAGGCUUUAACUCUCAUUGGCUUCCUUCAAAUUAUGACGGCUCAGCUGCUCCCGGGAUUCCUGCAGUGCUUUGAGAAUGACUUUCUAGCUGUUCGCAGGCAGGCAUGCCGGACUGCUGGAUUACUUCAGAUUAAAGACGAGAUGGUCAUGAAUUGCCUCUAUGAACUGGUUCAGAAUGAUCCAGUAUGGAAGAUCAAAGCACAUGCAAUCAAAGCUAUAGGUAAAAUCGGGCACGUUACACCUCGUGUGAGAGAACUUAUGUUGUGGGCCAUGCGGGAUAAAGAGCCAGGGGUCCGGCUAGAAGCCUAUCGCUGCAUUGCAUCAUUGAAUUUGUGUGACUGUGAAGUUCAGCAGGCGCUUCAAGAUAGAGCCAUAAUGGAAUCCCAUGAGCUCGCCAGUAGGGAGGUGAAACAGACACUGACUGCAUUAAACAUGGCACAUAAUGGGAAUCAGGAGAUGAUGACACAAGUAAAGCAUCAGUUAUCAAAGCUGUGUCAGAAGGAAGUGUUAUUUCCCAGAGUACUAAAGAUGGAUGAAGAUCUGGCUUCAGGACAUGCAGAGCUGGAGCAAGCGCUGCUGAACCCCCCUGACAGUAAGCACAAGAGACAAGAACAGGGGCAUUUCUGGGAUAUUGUUGGUAAGGAGUUGUCAGGUCAAAACUGUCCAUCAGCAAUGUCUGGAAUGGAGUACCAGAGUGCAGACUCUGAACUGCAGGUACUAAUGGAGAAUGACUCAAGACCAGGGUCUCAUCAGACAGUGAACAGUGCACAUACUACAUCUGAGCUAUCAAUUCCUACAGCGGGAACAGAACACAGCACAGAUACGUUACAUUCUAACCUGAUGUCAACUCCAAGGGUGAAAUAAAAACAGUGUGUCAGCCCUACCUCUAUAAAGUAAAACAUUCAGUACGACAAAGUAUGAAAGGAAUUUGACCAUGCUAAACUUAACCAGACUAGGUAGGGGCCAGGUACAGCAGGACAAACAUACUUUUUGUGGAGUGUUUUUUAUCGGAAGUAAAGUGAAUAUGGAGUUUUGUUCAGCUAGAUUCUGCUCUUCUGCAAGUCCUCUGGAGGCGGAGCUUCGCAGUGACGUGUCCUCUGCCUUCAGCUUCUCAGUCCCUCCCCUCUGCUAGACAGCUGUAGUGGUCUCCUGGCUGG